GCGUAGCGAGUUUGCCGGUUUGAGGUUAUUAUUAUAGUCAUGACAUCAUUCUGUUUGUUUUUAUUGUGAUUAAUACAAAUUUGCCUUAUAAAUUAAAUUCGUACGGGAUUACUAUAGAAGUGCAGUCAUAAAAAGACAUUCGAGAGAUAAUACCGUUACAUAUGUGGGUACUGCAAAUGUAAAUAUUUUGCGAAUACUUUUAAGCAGCUGUAUUUUUAGACUUAACAAAUAAGUUAUUAAAAUGAGUGUCAGUAAAGCUACCGAAGACACCAAUUUGGUGAAGAAAUCUUCUGGAGAUCCUAGUAUUAUCAGCAUCAUUCUCAAUGUUGUUAAAAAGGCUUCUGUAGUUGGUAUCGUCUACUUUGCCGGUUACAUGCAAUGGUCCGUAGCAUGGUUCAUAGGGCCCGUUAUAUUAUUCGUACUUAGGGAUCAAUGGAAAAAAUCAAGCGAUACCAGGCGAGCCAUUGCCAAAGCCGCAGCUUUGUCUAGCGAGAAGGAUGUAGUAUUGGCUAGACUCAAUGAUUUACCUGCUUGGGUGUUUUUCCCUGACAUUGAACGAGCAGAAUGGCUUAACAGAAUAAUAAAACAAGUUUGGCCAAACGUGAACCACUAUGCUCGGUCAAUCGUAAGGGACUCCAUUCAACCAGCUUUAAAGAAAAGUUUGGAAAAAUAUAAACUGCAUGGUUUUAAGUUCGAGAGGAUUAUUCUUGGUACAGUGCCGUUUCGUAUUGGAGGGGUUAAGGUUUACGAUAAGAAUGUGGACAGAAACGAAAUUGUUAUGGACCUGGAUAUAUUUUAUGCCGGAGAUUGUGACAUAACUUUCUACUUGUCUGGAAUGAAAGGUGGAAUAAGGGACUUCCAGCUGCAUGGCAUGCUUCGUGUCGUAAUGAAGCCAUUGAUAACAAACAUGCCACUGAUAGGUGGUCUUCAGGUAUUCUUUUUAAACAAUCCCGACAUAGAUUUUGAUCUAUUGGGAAUUGCAGACGUGUUGGAUAUGCCUGGUUUGAGUGACAUUUUGAGACGUAUAGUGGUUGAAACAGUGGCGUCGCUGAUGGUAUUGCCGAAUAAAUUCCCUAUAAAACUAAGUGAUGAAGUGGAGGCAGUUGAACUGAAGGCGCCAGAACCAGAGGGCGUUCUAAGGGUUCACGUUAUCGAGGCCAGACAUCUCAUGAAAAAAGAUAUCAGCGUCCUUGGAAAAGGGAAGUCGGAUCCCUACGCAGUUGUAACCGUAGGCGCGCAAGAAUUCAAAACUAAAGUGAUAGACAACAGCGUAGAUCCUAAAUGGGACUACUGGUGCGAGUUCCAAAUACUGGAAUCCAAUGGGCAACAGCUAUAUGUUCAUUUAUGGGACAAAGAUGACACAGGUGAUGAUGAAACUCUAGGAAGGGCUACCAUCGAGAUUUCAAACAUCGUUAACAAAGGAUCUGACGAUAUGUGGGUUACAUUGGAACAAGCCAAACAUGGAAUGGUACAUCUCAGAUUGACUUGGUUAUCACUAAGCAAAAAUUAUGGGGAUCUAGAUGCGGUGCUACAAGAAACCCAAAUGCUUAGAGCUUCAAACUUGAACACAGCUCUACUUACGGUGUUUUUGGAUUCUGCAAAAAAUCUACCUCAAGCAAGAGCGUCCACAAAACCUGACCCUUAUGCCGUUCUAAAAGUCGGCAACAGCACCCAGCAAACAAACGUUUUGAUGAGGACCAUCCACCCAGUAUGGGAACAGGGUUUUACAUUCUUGGUUUCCAACCCAGAAAAUGAUUCAAUGUUCUUGAGCAUAAUGGACCAGAAAACCUCUACGGAAAUCGGAAAUAUCAUCUACAAAAUUAAGAACCUCGGCAACAGGACAAAUUUGGAAGUGAGCAAGGAACCGUUUUCCUUGCUGAAAUCUGGACCUGAGAGCAAAGUCGUCAUGUCCAUACAUUUAAGGAUUUUGAAAAGAACUGGUGAGGAACCAUCGAUGAUGAUGAUGGGUGAUGACCCAAAGGCUGCAGAAUUUACGACAUUUGCCACAGAGUGGGAUACUGCUACUGUGUCCGAAGAUGGCAGUCAAGGCUCCAAUCGUACAGGAAAAGACAAAGAGGAGUUAUCAGGUGUAGAGAGACGCUCUGUAGAUGCCGGUGAAGUCGAUGAAAUUAUAGAAGAUAGUUCUAUAUCACUUGUCAGCAAUGUCCCUUCAACACAUAACACGGAAGGGUUGCUUCACAGGACUCCUAGUAUCACUUCUUCCGCAGGUGAAGCAGGACUGGGCAGAAUCCAAAUGACUUUAAGAUACAGUGUGCAAAGGCAGCGUCUGAUUGUAGUUGUCCACAAAGUUAUGAAUAUUCCAAUCAAAGAUCCAUCUAACAUACCUGAUCCUUAUGUGAAGCUCUACUUACUCCCUGAAAGGGCUAAAGAUACCAAGAGAAAAACUCAGGUAAUUAAAGAUAACUGCAAUCCAGUUUUUGAUGAAAGUUUCGAGUACGUGCUUAAUCCUGCAGAAUUGGGAACGAAACAACUGGAAGUUACCGUUGGUACACAGAAACAGUUGUUCUACUCUAGCAGUAACAUUUUGGGUCAAGUAAUCAUCGAUCUUGGAAAACUUAAUUUGAGCCAGCCUUACAAUAUGUGGUUCGACUUACAACCAGAAAUUGAUCAUGACUAAAAAAUUGGAGCUUGAAAGAUUGACUGAAGAUUAGAUCUGAUUUUGUUGAGAGAAUGUGGAUCUUACCAAAACCCACGAAACAUUUUUAGUCUAAAUUUGACAAUAUCAGAUCUAAUCUCAAAAUGUUUAUUUAUUAAUAUUAUACUUGUGAUUUCUAAUGUGCUUACGUCUGGCAAAGCGACAUUAAAUAUGCUCUUGCAUGCAUAUAUGUAUGUAUGUAUGUCAUUAAUUCAAUUAAAUAAUUAAUACAAGAACCGUCAGAUAUAAUUUUCCGUACAAAUAUGUUUAAUUUUUUCAUACCUGUUGUUUCACUUUGAAAUAUGUUUGCUACCCAUAAAUUUCCAUUAGUUUGUAAAAGGUCGCUCAGGAUAAAAGACAAUCUAAUCAAAAUGCUUGUUACUUUCUAUACCAGCAAAAAUAUUCGUAUUUCGUACAACUACUGGUAAUCUAAACAACGUGGAACAAUAAUAUGAGAGGAUACAAAAUUAUUUGCUCAUUUUUUCAAAAUAUGUUUUCAAAAUUUAAUAGAAAACCAUAAAGAAUGUAUUAUAGAUUCUAAAUAUGUUUAAUUUAUUGAUUUAAUUUUAGGUACCAGAUAAUCGGGUAUACGUAGUGAGCUGUUGUUUAUUUUAAGUUUAACAAAAUAGAAAAAAUACUUGACUAUACGUAUCGCAUUACUCUUGAGAAAGGUGAAAGAUUUUGUUUAAUUUUAGUGCACUUAAAGAUCUGACGCUGACAAAUAUAAAAAUUAUUUUUCUUCUAUGUAUAUUCUACAAUGUUUUUACUUUUUUAUAUUAUAUAUAUUGUUAUAUACACUGUUUAAUUAAAUGUUG